AGCGGAGUGAGUGCGCAGUGAUUUCCUAACUCGCACUGCUCUCGCUUCCAAUGUCUCGGGAAACGUUUAUCACGCUUGAAACUUUGAGCGGAAACUUUCUUUCUUAGAAAAUAAAUCACUUUCGGCUUUUUGGAAGGAUUUUCGCAGAGUGACCGUUGGGGUAGAUAUGCGCGUGACCGCUUUACUCAGCGCGUCCUCGCGAAGCAGAAACAAAAAACCGUUGGCUGAGUUUUUGCCUGUUUGUUUGUUUUUCUGCUUUUGACUCGGAUAACUAGCUAACUGACAACAACCUGAGGAGAGUCUUGUCCUUUCUACACUCCUUUUUGGAGUUUUCGGUGACUUCCAACAGUUUGUGAGCGGCGUCGGCGCUAGAGUGAAUUUUCUUCCCAGGACUCUUUAUUUUUGUGUGUUUUUAAUCUUUGGCAGUCAUGGAUCCGAGCCAGCACAACCCUCCUGCCGGCCACCAGAUCGUCCACGUCCGGGGGGAUUCAGAGACGGAUCUGGAGGCGCUUUUCAACGCCGUGAUGAACCCCAAAAACGCAGCCGUGCCUUCCUCCGUGCCUAUGAGGUUGAGAAAACUGCCAGACUCCUUCUUCAAACCUCCAGAGCCAAAGUCCCACUCCAGACAAGCUAGCACAGACGCAGGCACGGCCGGCACUCUCACUCCACAGCAUGUCCGAGCACACUCCUCACCAGCCUCCCUGCAGCUGGGCGCUGUUUCGCCAGGCGGGCUGACCGCCAUGACCCCCACGGGCACCUCCCCUCAGCACCUCCGCCAGCCCUCGUACGAGAUACCUGAUGACGUACCCCUGCCUCCAGGCUGGGAGAUGGCCAAGACCGCUUCGGGCCAGAGAUACUUUCUAAACCACAUUGAGCAGACGACCACCUGGCAGGACCCUAGAAAGGCCAUGCUGCAGAUGAACUCCGCAGCCCCAGGCAGCCCUGUGCCUGUUCAGCAACAAAACCUUUUAAACCCAGCCACAGGUCCUCUUCCUGAUGGUUGGGAACAGGCCAUCACUUCAGAGGGAGAGAUCUAUUACAUCAACCACAAGAACAAAACAACGUCCUGGCUGGACCCGAGACUGGACCCACGCUUUGAAACAGAUGAAGCACGUAGCAAGGACACAAAAACACUACAGACCACCUUUCCCCACCCACCACCCAAAUCGAGAGCAAGAACAUCUGCAGGGAUGUUAUUCCACACCUCUAAAGGUCUAAGAACUCUGAACCAGCAGCGCAUUUCCCAGAGUGCUCCAGUGAAACAAGCAGCCCAGCUGCCCUCUAGCCCCCAGAACACAGGGGUGAUGGGGGGCAACAGUCAGAUGAGACUGCUGCAGAUGGAGAAGGAGAGACAGAGACUCAAACACCAGGAGCUGCUCAGGAGACCCCAGGAGCUGGCCUUGAGGAACCAGCUGCCCACAAGCAUGGAGCAGGAUGGAGGCUCUCAGAACCCAGUGUCAUCUCCAGGCAUGGGGCAGGACGCCCGCAGCAUGACCACCAACAGCUCUGACCCCUUCCUCAACAGUGGGACGUAUCACUCCAGAGAUGAGAGCACAGACAGUGGCCUGAGUAUGAGCAGUUACAGUGUCCCCCGCACUCCAGACGACUUCCUCAACAGCGUGGAUGAGAUGGAGACAAGCGACUCCCUCGGUCCCCCUUCCAUGGCGACACAACCACGAGGUUUCCCAGACUACCUGGAUGCCAUCCCUGGCACCGAUGUGGACCUGGGCACCCUGGAGGGCGAGAGCAUGGCUGUGGAGGGCGAGGAGCUGAUGCCCAGUCUGCAGGAAGCCCUCAGCUCCGACAUCCUGAACGACAUGGAGUCAGUGCUGGCAGCUACCAAGAUUGACAAGGAGAGUUUUCUGACCUGGCUAUAGAGCGCCAGCAACCAGCGUCACUCCACCGCCUUCUUCACGCCGAACUGACUGCUGCCUAGUCCAACCUGUGAAGGAUGAUGUGUAGAAGCUUCGAGGUUUUUUGUUGUUUUGUUUUUAAAAAAAGACAUUUUACUCUACUGGACUUUUAAUUGCUUUUUUUUCCUUCCACAUUCACCAUACUUGGCCGAAUUGGUUUUAAAAGCAAAGAUGUUUUUCUUUUUCUUUCUUUCUUUCUUUCUUUCUUUCUUUCUUUCUUUCUUUCUUUCUUUUAUCAUGUCUGCAUCCUCAAGGCUGGCCCAUGAACAGACACUUAUUCAGAAGUACCCAUAUAUAGAUCUCAUAGCUGUGCUGUAUGCCUUUCAUUUGUUUGUAUGCGUGUCGACACGUGUAGUUCCUGCUUGGAAGGCAACACAGAGCGAGCUGAACCUUCGUCGGCUCCUCCGCGACUGCACGUUCUCAUCCACAGCUCGAGCUACAGCAUCUUCUCUCCUGCGGCUUCCUCCCUCCUUCAUUUACCACCAAACCAAAAAUGAGCAGGAGGGCUGGUCGCGGUCUCUGUGGGUGCGUGAUUACGAGACGAAGCCGUGGCUGUGGCAAGGCAAUCACCCUGCUUGGCUGUGCCAGCGUAUCUAACUAUGAAAAAACCAUGUCUAAUCAAGUGCCUUCAGUUUUAUCUCUUAGUGGAGCAAAUGAAAACACUACGUUGGUGUCUUCUUCAUAAGGCAGUACACUUUAUAUAUUAGAACAACAAUCGACCGCACUCUUCUCUAUUUACGUUUCAUUAAUCGAAAAAGAUUUAGAGGUUAUAAAUGUCGGGAUUUAGGAUUUUUCUUUCUUUUCUUUUUUUCUUUUUAUUUUAUAAACCCUAGCCUCUUUGUAUGACAGUCUUAUUUAAGCCUGACUUAAUUUUUUCCACUCCUUUUCUUUUUAUUUGGCUUGGUUAUGGCAUUGCCUGAUAGAUCAAACUCACUAUAAUAACUGAUUUCUGUUGGCUCUAAUUAUGGAUGCCUUCCAGCACAUUUCUAAUGUCUAUUAUAAUAUAUAAUGGCAGAUGGAGCUGAUCAUUGCUAUAUUACACAGGAAUCAGUGGAGGUGAUCUCCCUAGAUCAUAUACCAAUAUCUAGAUUUUUGUUAUAUCAUUAUUGAUAUCUUUUUUUUUUUUUUUGCAUAUGUAGUGACAGUAUCUUUAACUCUCAGCCAAAAGCAAAGAUCAACUACUGUGUGACAAAAGUGUGAACUGCCUCUGAUACAGGCUGAGGAAGAGUUUGGGCACGAAGCGAUGGUUCUGCUAUGUUUUAGCUGGAUAAAUAAGCACGUCAUGAGGGUUAGUGGUGUAGAGUAGCGGAUAGCUGGUACCUGAUUGUGGUCAAAUGGAUUACGAAAGAUAGAUGCUGUAAUGGAAACAAUCAGUUAUGAUUUCUGUCAGGAUUUUUUUUUUCUUUUUGACAAGGCUUCCAAAGAGUGUUUUGUAAUUCUUUUUCUCUUAAAAAAAACAAAACAAAAAAAAACAAACAAAAAAAAAGGCAACAAAAAUAAUUUAUCGUAUCUUUUUAGUGUACACAUA